AUGCACCUCCGCCCCGCUCCUCCCCUCCGCCGGGGCCUCCUCCUAUCCCAGCCUCUUCUUCCCCGCACAUCGACGAACACCUACGCCACACACAGCUCCGCAUCGCGGCGGCGAAAUGUCACCGUAUUAUCGGAUGACGGCCGGUACACAUGGGGCGAGCUGAGUGGGAAAGAGAAGGUUGCGCGGGCGACACAACAGUCGUUUAACUUCGUGGUGGUGUUAGCCGGUGUGGUGCUAACGGGCGGUGUCUUCACAUUACUAUACACCGAGGUGUUCUCACCGAACAGUCGGACGUGGCAGUUUGAGAAGGCUGUUGAUCGGAUUAAGAACGAUGCGCGGUGUAUCAAUGUUCUGGGUGAUAAGCGGGAGAUCAAGGCAUAUGGGGAGAAUACACACAGCCGGUGGGCGAGGAAUAGGCCUAUUGCAACGAAGGUCGAAAAAGAUCGACAAGGUCGCGAACAUCUGAAGAUGAACUUCCAUGUUUCGGGCCCACGAAACGAGGGAGUUGUGUUUGUGCACAUGGUGAAGCCGGCGGAUACGAAUGAGUGGGAAUAUCGACUUCUUGCCCUGGAAGUGAAAGGCUAUUCGCGUGUCGUCCUUGAAGAGCGUCACGACCCUAAAGUCGGCGGAGAAGUCAAGAUCUUCGGCAUCCGGUGGAAGUAG